AUGCCUGAUGCCUUCAGUUGCGAAGUUGGGACAAGGCUGUUAACCAAAAGAGUUGUCCCCAAGGCUGCGUUUGUCUAUAACGGUUCCCAGUUCGAUGCAGUUACCAUAAAACGAGACGUGAAAGCAGAUCAGGCAGGACGUUUAGGUUGCUUGGUUGCUAUAUGCAGUGGUUUCGUUUCCUUCAAGUAUUUGGAUCCAAGUCCGCUUCAAUUGUUCAUUCACAUCAUCAAUGAUCAAACGGUGCAAUCCAGAAUCACAUAA